AUGCCGAAGAAUUCCUGCGCCGGCGGCUACGAGAUCCAAGCCAGCGGCAUCAACUACCGCAUCACCGUCUCCAGCCGACCACACCCUCCUCUCAAGGUCUGGAGCAGGUCAGACGACGACGUCCAUGUCCAAGACCACCAGGACCACCACAGCGUCCGCCAUGUGCUCAGGGACGUCUCCUGCCGCACGCGCCCCGGCGAGCUGCUCGCCAUCGUUGGCCCCAGCGGCGCCGGCAAGUCCACCCUGCUCGAGAUCCUCGCUGGCCGCCUCUCCCCGUCCCCGCAGCACGACCUCCUCCUCCCUCGACGGCGCCGCCGCCCACAGCGCCGACCUCUGCCGCGUCUCCGGCUACGUCACCCAACAGGACGUACUCUUCCCGCUGUUCACCGUGCGCGAGACGCUGCUCUUCAGCGCGCGCCUCCGCCUAGGCGCGCGCCUGCUGGCAACAGCAACGCCGCCUCCAAGAAGCGCCCCUCGGGGAACCGCGCCGCCGUCAGGAAGUACCGUGAGAAGAAGAAGGCCCACACCGCGUCGCUGGAGGAGGUGGUCCACCUCCGGGCGCUCAACCAGCAGCUCAUGAAGAAGCUCCAGAGCCACGCUGCGCUCGAGGCCGAGGUGGCCAGGCCUCGCUGCCUGCUCGUCGACAUCAGGGCAACUGCACAAUGA